AUGUCACAAGAAAAAAUAUUAGAUCUUAAUGAAUUCAUACAAAAUCCAAACGAUUGCUCAGAAUUAUUUAAAAUUUGGGAUUCUCAAAGAUCUGUAAUGACAAUACCAAAUUCCUUUGCAAAUAUUAUUCAACAUACAACAAAGAAUCCUUCAUUAAAAUCUAUCGGAACCAUUAUAAUUCGUAGAAUUAUCAGGAAUUAUAUGAAAACAAUUGAUCGAAAUUUAAGUUCUGAUCGAUUACCAUUAUGUCAAUCAACAUUGAGACUAUUGAUAAUGAUGAACUCACACGAUAUUUCAACCACAAGAGAAUUACAAGAAACAUUCCAUUUUAACUUAAAGGUAUUUUCAAAAUUAGUAAAUAUUAGAAGAAAAGAUUCCCAAAAUAUUUCACGACAGAUGCAACAAGAUGAAACUAAGAAUUUUGCAAAUUUAAUAUUUAAAGGCUUAUCUCAAGAUAAUUAUGAGUUUGUAGAAGAAAUUUUUCAAACUUUUUAUAAUUAUAUAAUUUUAGAUAAUAAAAUUGGUAUAAAAUCAAAACUCGCAUUUUUCAAUAGAGGAUUAUUAAACCAACUUUUAAAUCUUUAUUCUAGAUCUGAAACAGAUUUACCAGAAUCAAAUAAAUUUAUUACAGACCUAGUACACAAAUUUCUAUUAUCAAUCUGUUGUACACCAGGUGUUGGUAUUUGUUUUCAAGAUGAAGGAUGGUAUCCUUAUGUACACAAUAGAUUAUUAUCUUACUUCAUCAAAUCUUUGAAACCAACUCAACACUUGAAACAACAAGAAUUAUUGCUGAAAAUUUUAGAAACUUGCCCUGAAUUAAUUCCAAUAUUUCUACAAUCUGCAACUCUUUUAUUAGAACCUUCUCUUUCAUACAAAUGGCUUGCAAAUAUCACAUUACUACAAAAAAUUAUUGCUUUGCCUGUUCCAGCUUUUUACAUUCCAGGAACUACCCAGUAUCCUAAUAUUACUCCUGAGAUUUCAACUAUAAUGCAAAACAUUCUUCCGCAAAUGCUUGAUCGUGUCAUUUUGAACAAAUGCUUAAAUCAUAACAGUAACUUGGUCAAAUAUAAAAUAUUAGUUUUGUUAUGUUCAGCUUUACAAAAAUUUGGUAAUGUUAUAAAAUCAUUUAGAAAAAUAAUCGAGGAAUUAGAAUCUGAUAAAACGCUUGCAUUAUCAUCACCACCAUUAUUAAUAUCAGAAAAAUGGAAAGAAACAAUUAAUUGUUUAUUUGAAGAAUUAAAAUGUAGAAUGCCUGAUAUUCAAAUAUUAUUAAGAAUGUAUAAUAGGACUUCUGCUACUGAUAAUAAUUAUUUACCGGAAGCAGUUAUUGAGUCAAAAUUUGAUUUGGGCAAAUUAAUUCCAGGAAAUUUGGUGGAAGCUCCAUUAAUUUUUCAAAUCCAUUUCUUGGAAUUGUUGUUGCUCGUUCCUGACUUUAAUUGGCUGAAUAAGGUACCAAUGGAUUAUAAGAAUAAUUCAUCAUUGUUGUCAUUUAGUCAUCUGACAACCAUUAUAGAUUUGUUUAUCACUACCCCAUAUUCUGGAGUUUCUUUAGCUGCAAAACGUGUAAUUGACUAUUUUUUGGAAAAGUCGAUCUUAUUUAAACAUGAUCCAACUGAAAUCUCUUUUUGGCUCAAAAGUCUUCAGAUGUUAACAAUAAAUACAGGAUCUACUUCUAAAGGUGAUUAUAAUGACAUGUUUAAAACUAAACAAAUCGUACUACAAUUUCUUGAUAACUGUAUAAUAAAGUAUUUGAAAGAUCCGUUUCCGUAUAUUGAUGAAAUCAGUCAACUUUCUAAUGAAUUGAAAGAUAGAUAUCUACAAAAUGUUUCUAGGAAGAUUUUUUCAGCUCUUAUUUCCAAAAAAAUACCUUGCUAUUUUUAUCCAUUUAGUCCAUUGUUUAUUGUUCUUGUAAAAGAAUAUGAGGAUCUAAAGGAUGACAACCAUUUGUUGCCUAUUACUCAUUUCCUACACAAUUUAUUCAAAAGUCUUUUAUGGAAACAACCUUUACCAGGUUAUCUUUAUUUCUAUGUAAAAAAGUUGAAAGGGAACGGAUCAGAAAGCUUUUUUGAUUAUAAAGAUAUUGUUAGUUUGUUAGAUGUUAUUGAUAAAAAAAUCCUUGAUAAUACUGUCGAGAAUUUGGAUUCUAUCAGAUCAACAGAAGGUUUAGAUCAGAAAAAUAGUGAUAUUAGAGAAGAAGGUGAUGAUGAUAGAUGUUCUAACGUAUUGAAAGAUUCCUUAAAUUUGAUAGUUGGAUGGCCUGUCUUCGAUGAGCUUUUCUUACUGAGAGAAGUCGAAAAUCUAAAAGAAAAUCAAGUUCUCAUUAAAUUAUUGGAUGCUUUGGAUGAGUUUGUGGCAGAUCUUGUUGAAUAUUUUACUGAUAAAAAAAAUAUCAUUAAACAUAAAAAAUAUGAUAUAAACCGAUCAAACGAUUUAUCAAAAUUCAAGAUUAAAUUAUUGAAUCUUGUUUCCUUUGCAACUAAAAAAAACAAUCAAUCAAAAAAAAAGUACUUUACAAAAUUAUUAUCAGAUGACAAAUUUAUUUAUUUAAUUGAUAAGUUUUCAGAAUUCUGGGAAAAAGGUGAAUUAGUUGACCUGUUAGAAAAUAUCUUGAACAUAGAUCGAUCAACAAUUUCUUUUAUUUCAAAUAGCGGAUAUCUUAAUAGAUAUUAUAGAAUUCUUUUGAUUGUCUUUAAUAAAUUGUAUAAUCACCAUCAAUCCACUGCUUCCAUUAUAAAACUAUCCGAUAAUUUAUAUCAAAAGUUGAUUUUUAUGUGGAAGAAUUAUCCAUCUUCCUUCUCCUCUUCUCACUCUUCAGAACUUGAUUUAAUAUUUUUACAAAUAGUAGAAAGUUAUAUGCCACCUGGACUAACACCAUCAUCGUCAUCAAGUUUGGAACAUCUGAAUUUACUACAAAAAAAUAAUAAUUAUAAAAGGUUGAUUGGUGAAUUGCCAAAGCAAAUAGAUAUUGAGGUUGUAAAAUACAUUCUUUCAGAUUUGAAUACAACAACAAGAACAAAAAUCCUGUCAUAUCUUAUCAUGAGAAAAGCAGAAUUUCUAGAUGUGUCUUUAUUGCUUACAUAUGUUUUAGAAAUUGUGUCUUCCACUACAAGCUCAACAACAAUCACUUGGUCAAAUCUUGCAACUGAUCACGAUAAAAAAGCUAUAAAAAUAUUAUCAAAACAAUAUUCUUUGAUAUUCUUUAAAAAGUUAACAAGUAGUAGCAAUAGUGGUGAAAUUUCAUUGAAUUCAAAAAAUUCAUUACAUUAUGUCAAUAUUAUUAAUAGCUUAUUGUCGUUGAGUCCUGAUAACGAAUUAAUCAAAACUCUAAAUCAAAUUAUUGAUAAUUAUUCUACGAUUGAAUUCAAUUUAAAUCAAUUAACUAUUAUCGAAUAUUAUUUAAACUGUGAUGGUAACAUUGACAAUUUCACAAUCAAUCAACUCAGAAAAUUUAUUAUGGAUUGUUUACAUCAUGCAACAUUAUUUCUAGAAAAAGAUAAAUAUAAAGAAUAUGAUGGCGAUGAACAAGGAAUAUUAGUUGGAGGGAUAUUUACUAAAAUAGAAUCAUUGAUCAAACUAAUUAUUCCAAAGGUUAAAAAUCUAGAUGCAAAUAUUAUUGGCGAAUUUAUUUUUGUAUUGUUAGAGAAGAGAUUUGAGGAUUUUGUGAUUUUGAAUUGUGUGAGAAAUUUGAUAGUUUGUGAGUAUCGCAAAGAAUCAAAUGUUUUAGGUCCACCAUUGGAUAAAAUUCUUGAAGCUAUAUUUAAUAAUCCAAAAUUUAAACAUUUUACAACAACACCACUACCAGAAGAUGAUAAUUAUCAUGACGAUGAAGCAGUGAGACUUUCAAUAUUUUAUUUAAUAAACAAGAUUUUUCAUAUUGAUCCAAAAAAUUGCUGCAAGCCUGAUUAUCUGGAUUUACUUUUCACAUACUAUGGAGCGACCACAUCCUUGGUAGAUCAAUUGUUGCUUGAUAUUUAUAUUUUAUAUGAGAAAAUCACUAAAUUAUCAAUUGUAUCUAGUGCUAUGUAUUGGGGACCUGGAUCUAAUAGACAAAUGAGUAGACAGAAAUUGAUGGGACAAAGAGUUCUCGUUGAAACAUUAGGACUGAUUGAUCCUAAAAUAAUGAUCUAUAGUUAUACGCAUUUUCCAAUUGAUAAGGAUCUGUCCAUAACGUUUGAAAAGGAAGAAUUAAUGACAGUGAUUGAAAAUGAAUUAAAAGAAGUUACGGGAAGAAAAUAUGUAGGGGGCACAGCUAAUAAUAGCAAUAGAAAUAUUAUUAAAAUCCAAAACCCGAAAUUGGCUCCAACAUAUGAUCCAUCAUUUUUCUUGCCAUUAUUUGCAAAUUUAAUAUCUUCAUAUGGGAAUCUAUUAGACUUUAGAAAACUUUUAGAAAUCAAUGCUUUGGGGUUUAUAGUAGUUUCACUUUCUUCUAAUAAUGAAAAUAUUAGAAAAGUAGGAUAUUAUUUGAUGGAUGAAGUCUAUUUAUUGUUGGAACAUACGGGCUUUCGAGAAAAAAGUCAAAUAUUGUUACUGUUGAAUUCUUUAAAAAAUUCUAUAGAUAUUCCAAUGUUUUAUAAUUUAUUUUAUUCUAGUUCAGACAAUUAUCAAAAAGAAAGAGUUUGGUUAUUGAGACUCUUAUCUGCAGGUUUAAAAACCAAUGAAGAUUACAAGAUUUUCAAAAGAAGACAUGCAUGGGAUAUUAUAUCAGGAUAUUAUAAUUCAUCAUUAACUGAUAAUAUUACAAAGAAAAUUAUUAUAGAGAUUUUGUUUCAAGCAUCAUCAAUAUCACAAGUUAUCACAGAUAUGGUUAAAAAUAAGUGUUUAAUAACAUGGAUUCACAAUUUAUGUGUUUCUUCUUUAACUAUGGGAAAAAAUUCAUCAUCAAUAUUUGGUUUAAGAAUAUUAUUAAGAGUUUUACAAGGCUGUAAGAAUUCAAUUUUACAAAAAUCAAAUGGAGUAUUGGUCAAUCAAGUUAUUUUUAUCUUAACAGGACUACUAAAAUCAUUAGGUUUGCGUUGA